AUGGUUCGCGGAGGGAAUCCAAAUGGUCCUAUAAUGGAUCUAGAGUAUCUUAAAUUUGCAGAAUUUAGAAAAGCUAACUCGCCUAACUUUAGAGGAGCCUUUGAUCCUGAUAAAGUAUUUUUUGUUUUAGAUUGUACAAACUGUCAGAAGGUGGCCUUUGCCACCUAUAUGUUGGAAGCAGAUGCGAAAUUUUGGUGGAAUGGUGUACGAAGGUUAUUAGAAGAAUCCCAAACUGAAAUCACUUGGGAUGUAUUUAGUGAUCCGUUCUAUCAGAAGUAUUUUCCUGCUUUUAUCCGUAAUGCCAAGGAACUAGAAUUUAUGCAACUUCAUCAGGGAAACAGUAGUAUAUCGGAGUAUAUCGCUAAUUUUGAGGAGUUGUGUAAGUUUUCCACAAUCUAUCAAAAGAACCCCAAUGAGGUUUGGAAGUGCGUGAAGUUUGAAGGUGGACUGCGAGAGGAUAUUCUUGCCACCAUAAGGCCAAUGGAGAUAAGAGGUUUCCCUACCUUAGUUAACAAGUGUCGAUUUGUGGAAGACUGUAAUAAAAAGUUGGUUGCUGUUAGGUCAACCAAUAGUAAAUUUAAGAAGGGAUUGUCUACGCAAGCACCAAGGUUCAAGCCUAACUUUCAACAACAGAGGAUGUUCCAACCUACUAGUAAUAAAGGUAAUUGCGUGUCUAUUUUGCAAAUUCCAAUUUCUGAGUUAUCAUACGAUUUGUUGGUAUCUACUCCAACCAACAAACCUGUUAAAACUAGUCAGAUAUGUAUGAAUGUUCUUCUCCAAAUUAAUGAUAGAACUUUUUCAGCCAAUUUGAUUUGUCUUCCUCUGUCUGGAUUUCAUAUAAUCUUGGGCAUAGAUUGGCUUUCUGCUAAUCGUGUCAUGCUCAAUUGUUCUGAUAAGACUGUAAUUUUUUCCUCUGUUUCACUUCCUAAAUCUCAAAACUUAGUAAACCUCUAUUUGAACUCCAUAACUAUAAAUCAUUGCGGACUAGAGAGCCAGGGUUUCCUUCUUCUGUCAACCAGUGUGACAGAAGUUAAUAAAAGAAUGGAAGAUAUUCUAGUUGUCAAGGAAUACCCUGAUGUAUUCCUAGAGGAUAUUCUCGAAUUUCCUCCUGAAAGGGAAAUAGAAUUCACCAUUGAACUAGUGCCGAGGACAGGGCCAAUAUCUAUAGCUCCAUAUAGGAUGUCACCUUUAGAAUUAACAGAACUUAAAAAGCAGAUUGAAGAACUCUUGGAAAUAGGAUUUAUACGACCGAGUGCAUCACUAUGGGGAGCUCCAAUUCUGUUAGUCAAAAAGAAUGAUGGAGGUAUGUGGCUAUGUGUAGAUUAUAGACAGUUGAACAAGAUGACAAUUAAGAAUAAAUAUCUAUUUUCAAGAAUUGAUGACCUCAUGGAUCAGUUGCAAGGGGCGAUGGUAUUUUUCAAGAUUGACCUACGUUCUGGAUAUCAUCAAAUUCGAGUUCGAGAGCAAGAUAUUCCCAAGACAUCAUUUCAAACCCGUUAUGGACAUUAUGAAUACACUGUGAUGUCCUUCGGGUUGACAAAUGCACCAGCAAUAUUCAUGGAUUAUAUGAAUAGAAUAUUUCAACCAUAUCUUGAUAAAUUUGUGGUGAUGUUUAUUGAUGCAUACUUGUUUACUCGAAGACAAAACAGGAGGAUAAAGAGCAUUUGA